AUUUGCACGGUUGCGAGUUAAAGUCUUCGUCCACACCUUGGAAAUCGACAUAAUAUCAAACGAUAGGAUGAGUUCCCGAGCUGUGUUGGUCUCAAUAGUUGUGCAAUCAAUAGUCUGGUUGGCAUUAUACGCUGCGGAGCUACCACAAUCCGAUGACCCAUUCCAAGACGAAACAAAUCUGUGCCAGAUUAUCGUGAGCGAGGACAUGAUGAAAUCCUUAGGCAAUGCCAUGGAAACUGACGUCAAGUGCGACAACAAUCUGUGGAGCAACUUCCUUCAACAAUAUCAUCAAACACGUCAAAAUCUUACCGAUUGUAUGGAACGGGUCAGCGUGGAUAAUACGCCAGACCCAUCUAACGUCUUCUGUCAGCAGCUGUUGGACGAUGCAGAGCGACAGAUGAAGCAAGAACACCGCAAGCAUUCCGCCGGCUUGGAACGAAAGCUACACACCGCCCAAAAGGAAGCCCAGAAGCAGUAUGACCAGAAGGUUUCGCUAGAGAACCGACUGAACCGUCUUCUGAACGAACGUACCAAGCUAGUUCUGGAUCUGAUGCUAGCCAACAUUGCAAUCGGUGACAUAAAGCAGGCGCUCAUCAACUAUCGCGAGUACCCGAAACCAGCGAGCAAAGAAGCAGCGACUAAACUCCACGAGCAGAUCGUACAGUCCGUGUACCGAGUGACGAUCUAUCAAGACCAACGGUUGCUCAACCUAAUCAAGUUUGUGCAGCAAAUCGAAGAUGCUAACACGAAGGUAGCGCUCUACCGAUUGAUAAUGGUAGAGAUAAAAAAACGACCGAAUCAGCGCAAUGGCUAUAUUGCGGCGGUUUUCGCAUUGACCGUGAAAGGUGACAGUGCAGUUUACAGUAAAGACCAGCAACUCUACACCGACCUAAUGAUACCGCUCGAAAAGCGCUGGAAAGAUCAACUCGCGAACGGUAAUUACAAAGAGGUUAUAGAUUUCGCUGCCCAGCAGCCGACCUAUUACGAGCAAAUACAAACCGACCUAGCUACAGUCGAUGUUGAUAAAUGGAAUGGUCUACAGUUUGACAAGUUUGUACCGUACCCGAAUUCACUUCGUAAACCAGAGCAGCGUCUAGAAGCAUUGCGCCAGAUAAUGGUACAGAUCUUUGAACGGAACAAACAAAACCCUCAGCAGCGUCUGAUACAGACAGCGAAGCAGCUUGACAUUUGUGAGCAAUUCAUGAAUAAAAUGAAGGCAGGACCAAAUGCUAGACGUCAACUCAACGAUCUGAAACUUCAGUUUCCAAAGUUUACAUCUGGAAGGGAUUACAAUUAUUAUUUGGGUGAAUCACGCAAAGCAAAAGGGUAGAAAUCACUGAAUUCUAGAAACGGCUUUUACGACACAGGUUCUUCUGCGAAUUUGAUAUUCAAACAUAAUUUUCCGUAGUGUAGUAUGUAGCAGCACAGUUCAAUAAAAAACACUCGAGUAUUCGAUGCAUUAUA